UAAAAAAUGUCUUCCACAUCGCCUUCAGAACAGAUUGAUGAAGUAAAAGAGCGCGAACAUUUUCGCGCGGUCGUGAGCGCGUUUAAAUAUUACAAACUCUGCUGUCUCGACCGCAUCCACAAAUCGGAGAAAAUAAUCUCCGCACUUCCCAUGUCGCAUCAGAAACAUCUGGAAAAGUACACAACAUACUUAACGAAAUUCAAAAAAUGCCUAGACGUGAACAAUAGUGUUGUUCACAUGAUCAUUAAAGAUGUCGACACGAUGUUCGAGAAUGUUGAGCAUAGUGCAGACGGAGCGACGAACGGGACCGAAAGUUUUGGCUGUGAUUAUAAUAAUUGUGAGAUUGUGUCUCAAAAACAGCAUAAGAUGCAUCAUGAUGUUGAAAAGGUACAAUCGGUGUUAAAGAACAUCGUCCGCGACUGGAGUGCACAAGGCGCUGCAGAGCGCGAACAGUGUUACAAACCCAUUUUGGACGAGAUUGAAGAGCUAUUCCCGCCUGACGAAGUUACUGACCUCCGAAACAUAAAAGUUCUAGUACCCGGUGCCGGGCUAGGCCGACUCGCUUGGGAGAUAGCAGCGCGGGGCUACACGUGUCAGGGCAACGAGUUCUCAUUAUUCAUGCUGUUUGCGAGCAAUUUUAUACUUAAUAGGUGUCCGGAGGCGAACAAAUACACAGUCCAUCCCUGGUUGCAUCAGUAUGUGAACAAUUUAACUUGUGAUCACCAGUUGUUGAGCGCCACCUUCCCAGAUGUGAGUCCCGCAAGAGACAAACCCGGCCACGCGAAUUUCUCUAUGACAGCUGGUGACUUUCUCAAGGUGUACACGGACCCCGAGGAAUGGAGUUGCGUAGCGACAUGUUUCUUCAUUGACUGCGCACCCAAUGUGAUUGAGUUCAUUGAAAGGAUAUACUCGAUUUUACAGCCGGGGGGCUAUUGGAUCAAUUUGGGACCACUGCUUUACCAUUACAGGUAA